AUGUCGGGGCAGACGCUGACGGACCGCAUUGCCGCGGCGCAAUACACCUUGACGGGAUCGGAGGUUGCUCGAGCUGUCUGCAAAGCCACCACUCAUGAGCAGACAGCACCCAAGAAAAAACACCUGGAAUACCUGAUUGAGGCCACCAAGGAGUCCAAUGUGAACAUCCCACAGAUGGCGGACACGUUGUUUGAGAGGGCCACCAAUGCCAGCUGGGUGGUGGUGUUCAAGGCCCUGAUCACUACGCAUCACAUGAUGGUUGCUGGCAAUGAGAGGUUCCUCCAGUUCCUUGCCUCCAGGAACAGCCUCUUCAACCUCAGUAACUUUCUGGACAAAACUGGCUCCCAUGGCUACGACAUGUCCACGUUUAUUAGACGCUACAGCCGGUACCUCAACGAGAAGGCGUUCGCCUACAGACAGAUGUCCUUCGACUUUGGCAGAGUGAAGAAGGGAUCUGAGGGGGUGAUGAGGACGAUGCCGGUAGAGAAGCUGUUGAAAGGAAUGCCCACUCUGCAGAGCCAGAUCGAUGCCCUGCUGGAGUUUGAUGUCCAUCCCAAUGAACUGACUAAUGGGGUGAUCAACGCUUGCUUCCUCCUGAUGUUCAAAGACCUGAUCAAGUUAUAUGCCUGCUACAACGACGGGAUCAUUAAUCUAUUAGAGAAAUUUUUCCAGAUGAAGAGAGGACAGUGCAAAGACGGGCUGGAGAUCUACAAGAGAUUCUUGACACGGAUGACCAGAGUCUCUGAGGUCUUCAAAAUCGCUGAGACCAUAGGAAUUGACAAGAAUGAUAUCCCCGAGCUCACCCAGGCCCCUGAGAGUCUCCUGCAGUCCCUGGAGACUCACCUGAACACUCUGGAGGGGAAGAAGCCGUCACCGACCAAGGAGUGUGAAGCAAAUGGCUCCCCGGCCGCAGCCGCCACGCCUACAAAAGCUCCAGCGGCCCCUGCAGCUGCUGCUGCUCCAGUUGCUCCUGCCCGCCCUGGACCACCUGCCAGACCCACGGCGGCACCCACCUUCAAGAGCUCCAACAAUGCUCUGCUAGACUUGGACCCAUUGUCAGCCUCCCCAUCAGCAGGUGGAGCAGCAGCCUCUAUCUCGUCAUGGGGAGCCGCCGUUCUUGCUGAUGCUGCGGCCGCUCCAGCUGCCACGCCCACAGUGGCCCAUACGGAUGGCCCCACCGCGCCCUCUGCGGCCCCCGUGGUGGUGCUGCCCGUGCCCGCCAACACCGCCUCAGACAUGGAUCUGUUCGGAGAUGCGUUUGCGCCCUCCCCAGGUGACGGCCCGCCCAGCAGGGCGCCUGCUGCUGAUGCAUGUGCCGGAUCUGACCCCUUCGCUCCAUCGGAGGGGAGUGCGAACAUGGCUCCAGAGAUGGACCUCUUUGCUAUGAAGUUCGAUAACACGCUGGCUGCCCCAGAAGCAGCCAGCCCCACCUCUAGUGCAGUGCCUGUCAUCGUCGCCCCCGUCGAGCCCCCUGCUGCCACUCCCGUUCCCUCCACUACCACCACCACUGAGUCUGCAGCUGCCCCCGUCCCUGCCAUCCCCACUCUAGACCUCUUCGGUGAUUCUAUGUUUGAGAAAAGCCCUACUGCAGAAACAGCUGAUGCUGCUGUUACUCCUAGCGUAGACCUAUUUGGGGCAGAGGCCAAUGCUGAUGAAGACCUCUUGUCUGGUGUGACUGAUGCAUUCUCUGCUAUGGCUCCAGCACCAGCAGUGGCUCCAACUCCAGCUCAAGCCCCGGAUCCAGCUCCAGCUCCUGCCCCUGCAACUGUCUCUCCUCCCAAACCUGAGCCCUCUGCACCUGCACCUGUCAUUGACCUGCUAGACACAUUCAGUAGUCCUACUCUGUUGGACGCUACGCCCGCUGCCCCCGGGGGACCAGAAGAGGAUCUAUUGGGUGGACUGAUGUCUCCUAGCCUGACUCCCAUGGCGGCCCUUGCUCCUCUGGCCCCCACUCUGGCUCCGGCCCUCGCCCCUACCCUAGCUCCUGUCUCAGCCCAGAGUGACUUGCUGGAGGGUGGCUUCGACACCCUUGGCUCCCUGCCCCCACUAAUCCCCGCCACCCCAGCAGCUGCAAACACAGUGCCAGCCGCAGCAGCACCCUCUGGUGGCUUUGAUGCAUCAGUGUUUGGUGGAUUAGGGGACCUACUGAUGCCAGUCAUAACACCCCAGUCCACUGGGGGUAGUGUGGGCAGCACAGGCAGUGGUGGGGGGAAUACCAAGGUGGCACCCGCGGUCGGGGGUGGCAUGGCAGGCGCCACAGCUAUUAAACGGCCAUCCAUCGGGGGCGACUUGGACUCCUCACUAGCAAACCUGGUUGGAGAUCUGGGGAUUCAGAAAAAGGACCAUCAGUGGAAUGACAAGAAGCUGACAGGAGGAUCUAACUGGACCCCCCAGGUAGCCCCUCCCAGCUGGGGCGCUCCUGGACCUAUGAUGGGUGGCCCCGCCCCUGGAGCCCCCGGUGCCCCUGGGACCAUGCCUCUGCCCAUGGGAGCACAGCCUGGCUUUGGCAUGGCCUCAGCAGCUGGAUCUGGAGUUCCCAUGAUGCCUUCCAUGAUGAUGGGCCAGCCAAUGAUGGGUCAACCCAUGAGACCACCCCUGCCAGGAGCUGCAGCACCAGGGAUACCGCUGUCUCCAGGACCUGCUGCCACCCAGAGCAAAAAGCCCAAGGACCCACUGGCAGACUUCAACCUCAAGGACUUAAUGUAA